AUGAAAGAAGAAACGAAGCUGAGUAUCAUCAACGAGUUAUCAUCCUGUAACUUAUCUACAUUCUUAAAGCUUCUCAGAAUUACAUCAUCAAAUACUUGUAACAAGAAAGAACAAAAACGUGAGAAGAUGAUAGAAAGAAAGGAAAGUUCAAGUAGCUUCGGUGAUGGAAGAUUACGUCAAGCUUUAUUAUUUCAAGAGUAA